CCAUGUCUUUCCGCCAUGGAAAUAAAGCCAACUGUUGCCAUCAAUGUCUCCUCUCUACCCUUUCCUUAUCUGAUUCUCCCCUCUUUCUCUCUUAUUAUAAAAAAAAAAACUCUCCUCCCCGAUUCGCCGCCCAUGUUUCUCAAUUCCAAAAUUAGGGUUCGUAGCGGCGAUUCUCCUUCACUUCUUUGGUCUGACUUCUAGGGUUAUAAAGGUCUUUACUUGAUCGACAAAGCUCGAGUCUUGUUUUGAUUUCAAGCACAAGUGUCCUGUAAUAAUAAUGGACGACGGUGAGGUUGAGUUUCCACUUAGCAGCUCUUCGAUAGAUUCCUUCUUCGACGAGCUUCUCAGGGACUCUCACGCUUGUACCCACACUCACACCUGCAACCCUCCCGGACCAGAGAACACCCACACCCACACCCACACGUGUCUCCAUGUCCACACCAAGAUCCUCCCUGCUCAGACCCAAGACAAAGAAACCACCGACGACACCUCGGAGUCUUCGGGGAACAAGAGCAAGAAGAGGCCUCUCGGGAACAGAGAAGCGGUUAGAAAGUACCGAGAGAAGAAGAAGGCGAAAGCUGCUUCCUUGGAGGAUGAGGUCACGAGGCUCAGGGCGGUGAAUAGUCAGCUGAUGAAGAGGUUGCAAGGUCAGGCCGCGUUGGAAGCUGAGGUCACGAGGCUCAAGUGUUUGCUUGUGGAUAUUAGAGGGAGGAUUGAAGGAGAGAUCGGUGCUUUCCCUUAUCAGAAACCUGUGGUUCCGAACGCGCAUUUCUCUUAUACGAUGCAGCCUUGCAAUAUGCCGUGCGGUGUUGACAACAACAGCUUGUACUGUCUUCAAGAUGGGAACAGUGGAGAAGGUAGCUUGAUGAAUGAGCAAGGAGGGCUGGAUGGUUGUGAGUUUGAUCAGCUUCAGUGCUUUGCUGAUCAGAAUUUAGCUGGGUGUAGUAAUGGAAAUGGAACGUUCAGUGCCAAUACAUCGGGCGUUGCUACUAAUAAGAGAAAAGGUGGGACUUGUGCAGCUAAGGCAGUUUGAAGUAUCAUCACCACCAGUCAUGUGGUGCUCUCUGUUUUCACAAGGCUAUAGAGUUAAAUUAUCUUUCAAUAAGUAAUAGAGUUGAACUGCAUCACCAGCUCUCCCUCUCAUGCCCCUUCUGCUGUUUUCAUUUUUUUUUUAUUUUUCUUAUGUAAUUGCAUUUCUUUGUUGAGCGCGUGGAAGCUAGAAGUAAGACUUGUUUAUAUUCAGUUCGAAUUAUGCCAGUGUUCUUCCCGAUUGGUUUUAUACUUUAAUAGCUUCUCUCUUGAAGCUUUGAUUGAA